CCCCGUGGUAACUAAGGAGAUCACACUUAUGUUUACUACAGAGAUGUCCUCCCUGCUAGCUGCUAUCUUGGAGCUGGUCAACAAAAUGACCAUAAUCUGAAAACUCCACUUUAUCUCAGCGCUAAUAACAUUAUUCCCUGUACGAGCUUCCUACAUUCUCCCGAAAAUGCAACUGAAGCAUCUUAAGACACUAUUAACACCCCAGGAGGGUGCUGCCAAAGUGACAUGCAUGACUUGGGCACCGAAUAACACCAAGUUCGCUGUUUGCACUGUUGACAGAGUGGUGCUACUCUAUGAUGAGCAGGGAGAGAGGAGAGACAAAUUCUCCACCAAACCCCUAGACUCCAAGUAUGGAAAACAAAGCUAUGUUGUCAAUGACAUGGCGUUCUCACCGGACUCCACCAAAAUCGCCAUCGGGCAGUCCGACAACAUCAUCUUUGUCUACAGAAUUGGAGAGGAUUGGGGGGACAAGAAAGCCAUUUGCAACAAAUUUGUUCAGACGAGUGCUGUGACUUGCUUGCUUUGGCCUGCAGAGCAUGCAAUUGUUUUUGGAUUAGUGGAUGGCAAGGUUCGCCUAGCCAACACUCAGACAAACAAGUCAUCAACGAUCUACGGCACAGAGUCCUGUGUUGUCUCACUGGCAUCCAAUGUUUCUGGUAAAGGCAUCCUGUCCGGCCACGCUGAUGGAACAGUCGUGCGUUACUUCUUUGAUGACGAAGGCUCAGGGGAGUCUCAGGGUAAGCUGUUCAUGCACCCGUGCCCACCCUACGCUCUGGGCUGGGGUGCAAACAGCAUCAUGGUGGGUGGCUGUGACAAGAAGGUGGUGGCUUACGGCAGAGAGGGUCACAUUCUGCAAACCUUCGACUACACCCGCGACCGGACAGAGAGGGAGUUCACCGUGGCCGCCACCAGCCCCAGCGGGCAGUCUGUUGUGUUUGGCAGUUAUGACCGGCUGCGGGUGUUUACCUGGGCUCCCAGGAGAGGUGUGUGGGAUGAAGCCAAGCCUAAAGAGAUUCUCAACCUCUACACCAUCACCAGGUUGGCCUGGAAGAAAGACGGAUCACGCCUCUGUGCUGGAACACUGUGUGGGGGAGUGGAGCUGUUUGAUUGCUGCUUGCGGAGAACCAUCUAUAAGAACAAGUUUGAGAUGACCUAUGUCGGCCUGAGCCAGGUGAUAGUGAGGAACCUCUCUACAGGAACGCGAGUGGUCCUGAAGUCCUAUUAUGGUUAUGAGAUAGAAGAAGUCAAAAUCAUGGGCAAAGAUCGCUACCUGGUGGCUCACACCUCUGACACUCUUCUGCUGGGUGACCUGCUGACAAAUAAACUGAGCGAGGUGCCAUGGCCUGGUUCUGGGGGAAACGAAAAGUUCUUCUUUGAAAAUGAAACUGUGUGUAUGAUUUUUAACGCCGGGGAGCUGAGCCUGGUGGAAUACAGUAACAAUGAGAUCCUGGGAUCGGUCAGAACAGAAUUUAUGAACCCUCACCUCAUCAGUGUCCGGCUAAAUGAGAGGAAGCAAAGAGGAGUUGAAGACAACAAGAAGCUUGCAUAUUUGAUUGAUAUAAAGACCAUUGCUGUUGUGGAUUUGGCCGGGGGCUACAAUCUGGGAACCAUCAGCCAUGACUCCAAGAUUGACUGGCUGGAGCUCAAUGAAACCGGACGCAAACUGCUCUUCAGGGACAAGAAGCUGCGGCUCCAUCUGUAUGACAUAGAGACCGGCGUAAAGGCCACGGUGCUGAGUUUCUGCUCCUAUGUCCAGUGGGUGCCUGGCAGUGAUGUGGUGGUCGCCCAAAACAGGGGAAACCUCUGCAUCUGGUACAGCAUCGACAGCCCAGAGAGCAUCACCAUGUUCCCAAUCAAAGGAGACAUUGUGGAUCUGGAAAGAGCCGAUGGGAAGACAGAUGUGAUCGUGACGGAGGGUGUCAACACUGUGACGUACACGCUGGACGAGGGCCUCAUUGAGUUUGGUACUGCUGUUGAUGAUGGGGAUUAUGACAGAGCCACAGCAUUCCUUGAGACUCUGGAGAUGUCACCAGAGACUGAAGCCAUGUGGAAGACGCUCAGCAAGCUGGCUCUAGAGGCUCACCAGCUGCACAUCGCAGAAAGGUGUUUUGCUGCACUGGGAGACGUCUCAACUGUACGUUUCCUCCACCAAACAAACCAGAUUGCAGACAAAGUUUCACAGGAAAUGGGAGGAGAUGGAACAGCGUUUUUCCAAGUCCAAGCCCACGUGGCCAUGCUGGAUAAGAACUUUAAACUGGCUGAGAUGCACUACGUGGAGCAGAAUGCCAUCGAUGAAGCUAUAGAGAUGUACCAGGAGCUCCACAUGUGGGACGACUGCAUUGCUGUGGCUGAAUCCAAGGGCCACCCGGAGCUGGACAGCCUGCGGGGGAACUAUUACCAGUGGUUAACGGAGACGGGUCAGGACGAGAAGGCCGGUGAGGUGAAGGAGAGCGAGGGAGACUUCCAGGGUGCCAUCAACCUCUACCUGAAGGCCGGACUACCGGCUAAAGCUGCCCGACUGGCCAUCAGCCAGCCAGAGAUCACCAACAACAGUGACACUGUCAGUCGCAUCGCCGCCAGUCUCACCAAGGGAGAGUUUUAUGAGAGGGCAGGAGAUCUGUAUGAGAAGAUCAGAAAUAACCAGAGAGCUUUGGAGUGCUACUGCAAAGGAGGUGCCUUCAGAAAAGCGGUGGAGCUGGCUCGCCUUGCCUUCCCUGCCGAGGUGGUGAAACUGGAGGAGGCCUGGGGAGACUACCUCGUCCAGCAGAAACAGAUGGACGCUGCCAUCAACCACUUCAUUGAAGCAGGCUGCUCUCUUAAAGCCAUCGAGGCGGCCAUCGCAGCUCGUCAGUGGAAGAAAGCCGUCCACAUCCUGGAGUUACAGGAGGAUUCAUCAGCAGCAAAAUACUACGUGAAGAUAGCUCAGUACUACGCCUCCAUGCAGGACUAUGAGGUGGCAGAGCAACUGUUUGUAAAAGGAGGUCACAUCAAAGAUGCUAUAGACAUGUACACUGCAGCAGGACGCUGGGAGGAGGCUCAUAAGCUGGCAGUGAAGUGUAUGACAGAGGAGGAAGUUAUGGCUCUGUACAUCAGCAGAGCUCAGGAGCUGGAGAGAGAUGGGAAAUUCAAGGAGGCUGAGAGGCUGUUUGCCGCAGUGAAGCAGCCUGACCUCGCCAUAACCAUGUACAAGAAGAACCGGAUGUUUGAUGACGUUAUUCGCCUGGUGGCCAAACAUCACCCCGACUUGCUGACAGAGACCCACCUGCACCUGGCCAAGGAGUUGGAGGCUGAAUCCAGGUUCUCAGAGGCAGAGUACCACUUCAUGGAGGCUGAAGAGUGGAAAGCUGCUGUCCACAUGUACAGAGUCAAUGAUAUGUGGGAGGAAGCACACAGGGUGGCUAAGAACCAUGGAGGUGCUGGUGCCCAGAAGCAGGUGGCAUACCUGUGGGCGAGGAGCCUGGGGGGAGAGGCGGCCGUCAAGCUACUCAACAAGUUUGGUCUCCUGGAAUACGCCAUUGAAUCUGCUUCAAAUAACUUCUCGUUUGACUUUGCCUUUGAUUUGGCUCGUCUUUCAUGUAAGGAAAAGAUUCCUGAGAUCCACCUCAAACAUGCCAUGUACCUGGAAGAUGAGGGCAAGUUUCCUGAGGCUGAGGUUGAGUUCAUCAAAGCAGGAAAACCCAAAGAAGCCGUGUUCAUGUACGUCCACAACAAGGACUGGGCCAGUGCGCAGCGGGUGGCUGAGGGCCACGAUCCAGAGAGUGUGUCUGAGGUUCUGGUCGGCCAAGGCAAGUUCUGCUUUGAACAGAAAGAUUUCCAGAAGGCUGAAGCCUUCCUGCUCCGAGCCCAGAGACCUGAACUUGCUGUUAAAAAUUACAAGGAAGCAGACAUGUGGAGUGAUGCCAUGCGUAUCUGUAAGGAGUAUCUCCCCAACAAGCUCUCCAUGCUCCAAGAGGAGUACGAGAAGGAGACCUCCAAGAAGGGAAUCCGGGGUGUGGAGGGCCUGCUGGAACAGGCCAGGGAGUGGGAGCAGUCAGGUGAGUACUCCCGGGCCGUGGAGUGUUACCUGAAGGUGAAGGACGACUCCAACACUGCCCUGAUGGAGAAGUGCUGGAUGAAGGCAGCAGAGUUGUCCAUCAAGUUCCUCAGUGGAGAUCGAGCGGUGGAGGUGAUCCAAGUGGUCGGACCACGACUCACGCAGCUGAGGAAGUAUAACGCUGCUGCCGAGCUCUACCUAAACAUGGACCUCAUCAAACAGGCAAUCGAUGUCUUUAUUGAGGGUGAGGAGUGGAACAAAGCCAAGAGAGUCGCCAAGGAGCUGGAGCCGAGGUAUGAGGACUAUGUGGACCAGAAAUACAAAGAGCACCUUAAGAACCAAGGAAAAGUUGACUCUCUGGUGGGUGUGGAUGUGGUGGCAGCCCUGGACAUGUAUGCAGAGAGAGGCCAGUGGGAGAAAUGUCUGGAUACAGCAUCUAAACUGAACUUUAAGAUCCUCCAUAAGUACGUCGCUCUGUACGCUACACACCUCAUCAAGGAGGAAGAGGCUGUGAAGGCUCUGCAGCUCUACAUACAGCACGGAGCACCACCUAACCCUCAGAACUUUAACAUCUACAAGCGCCUGUUCCUGGACCUGAUCAACCUUCCUGACACUGAUGGAUCAGAGUCUUACCGAAUGUGGGCCGACCUUCGCAAUUUCCUGCUGCAGCUGUGUGAGAACAUGUCCAGGUCAGCCGAGGCCAACUCUCCAGCUCAUGAAGACUUUGAACAGUUACUGCUGAUCGCUCACUACUACGCCACGCGGUCCGCCGCCAAAGGAGUCGAGCAGCUGAUCAGUGCAGCAGCCAAGCUGUCAGUGUCUCUGCUGCGUCACACUGAGCUCAUUCCUGCAGACAAGGCUUUCUACGAGGCCGGCCUGGCCUGCAGGGCUGUUGGCUGGGAGAACAUGGCCUUCAUCUUCCUCAAUCACUUCCUAGAUCUGUGUGAUGCGGUUGACGAGGGGACCCUCGACGCUCUGGACCACUCUGACUUCCUGGACACCGACAUUCCCUUUGAGGUUCCAGUUCCCACCAAACUCUGUGUCACUGACGCCCAGCGGGAGCAGAUCCGUGACUGGGUGCUGAUGGUGUCCAUGGACAAUCGGUUGGAGCAGGUUCUGCCGCGUGACGAGAGGAACUCGUACGAAGCCUCGCUGGUGGCCGCCAACACCGGCCUUCGCUCUCUGCCCUGUGUCCUCACCGGUUACCCCGUGCUGAGGAAUAAGAUCGAGUUCUCGUCCGUGGGGAAAGCAGCCAACAAGGAAGACUGGAACAAAUUCCUCAUGGCCACAAAGACCACUCACAGUCCAGAGUGUCAGGACGUCCUCAAGUUCAUCAGCCAGUGGUGCGGCGGUCUGCCAGCAUCUGGAUUCUCCUUCCACUGAUAUACAGACACACACACACACACACACACACACACACACACACACACACACACACACAAACACAC